AUGCAGUCGAGUGUUGAAAAGUUGAGUAUUCAUGAAAUAAUUAAAAUAAUUAAAAAACAAUUUCUCAUUCAACAACAGUCACUUAAUACUUCAAUUGAACAGAUCACUCAAUGGUUAUUAUGUUUAAACUAUAGUUUAGAACAAAUGAAGUAUCUAAAUGAUAUUGACGAUGAUACAAUUCAAUUGAAAGAACUAAAAAUGAUUCCGAUAGAAAAUCAAACUGAACUCGUAUCAACUAACGAAAUGAUUAUAUUUUUUCCUGACAUAACACAAACUGAGUUUAGACAUGUUGAUCAAAAGUUAAUUAAAUUAUUAAAUGAUCUACCUACAGUAAAAGUGGAACUAUUUCAUUACAUUGAACAAAACUAUCCUGAUCGUUUACAAGACAUAAAAGAAUUACUGAAAAAAUUUGGCAUCAUAGAAAAACGUUAUGAUGAAGUUUAUCGUUUAUCAAUUAAACCCGUUUUUGAAAACGAAACCAUGUGGAAAGCAAAAGAUAGUGAAGUAUUGAUAAUGUAUUUAGUGUAUGUAUACGAACAUAUUCAUCAAAAAGGAUAUCCACAUGAAAAUGAUUUUGAUAUCGAUGAUUUUAAAAAUAUCGUACAAAUUAAAUGCCGAAACAAUGAAUUUUAUAAUCCAAUGAAAACAACAAUUCAUUUAUUGACAACCGAUGAUUUUAACGAUGGAAUCAGAAGACUAUUAAAACCUACAAAUUGUGUAUUUAUGUCGGAUGAGUAUUCGAAUUAUAUAAAAAAAGACGAAAAAGACGAAAAAAAUCAAUGGUAUAUGUUUCUUGAGCGAUUGGAUCAAUUACGUGAAACACCAUGGGAACAUUAUGAAGAAGAACUUCGUGAAGACUAUUCAAACACCAAAGGAUAUGUAAUCCAUGAUUUUACAUGUCCUGAAUUUAUUGAAAUAUUUGAAUAUAUAAAUGAUGGGUCAUAUACGGCACUAUCAAGCAUUGAUAUACGUCAUAUGAAUGAAAAUGAUAACAAACAAAGAAUAAAUGUUCUCUUAGAUAAUCCACCUCGAUUACUUCUUCGGCGAACAUUUAUUGAAAGCAUAUCAACAAUGAAUCGUUUAUAUCAUUUUCUCCACCAUGAAUUGAGCAAUGAUAAACGAUACAUGAAAUGGCCACUUGUUUUCUUGCCAGAUUCACCUAUAUCAAAAAACACUGAUUUAUGUAUUGGUCAAUUUUUGUUUAUUAAUGAAGUAGCGUGGGACGAUCCAACGCAUUUAUUGCCUGAACAUAAUUUUAUUAAGUCAUUAUAUCCAGAUUUGGAAAACUUUUUCAAACAUGUAUUACAAAUACCAUCGACACCAAAUGCAAAAUGCUACUUAGAAUUACUGGAAAAGUAUUCAAAAGAAAACAUAACUGAUCAGCAAACAGAAAAUAUAUGGAAAAUAUUCGACAACUUAAAUGAUGAAGAUAAUGAUAGCAUUAUUAAAUUAUUUCGAUAUCGUUAUCUUAUACCAAGUAUGACAGAAUUCGGAUGGAUAAAACUUGAUGAUGAGCCAUAUAUUCCCGAUGACAAAAUUGUGGCACAAUUAUUUGAAUCAGAACGAUUGCCAAUAAUUAAAUUACCUGAAUACGGUUUAACGACAAAUGGACGAAAAUUUCUUGAUAAACUUCAAUGCAAAAAUUUCUCUGAAGUAUUAAUAUCAAAUGUAAAUAUUACAAAUGAAAAAUUAUCCGAUGAUUUAAGACAAUUUUAUAUAAAAACUUUACCAUUUAUUUCCAAUUAUUUAUACAAUCAGACAGAUAUGUUUGACGAAUCAUAUGACAAACGAAAAUUAAAUGAAAUAUUUUCGCAUAUGAAAUUUUUCAAUGUUAAUAGUAUUCAAGUGACAUAUAGAUACAAACAAAUAUCAUUUGAUCAUGAUUAUGAUUGCUAUCUUGACAAAAAGUCUAAAAAGUUCUAUUUAUUAAACACACAACGUUAUUCUCAAAGCAUUGAUACAAUGAUACAAUUUAUUAUUGAUGAUACUGUUGCAGAAUGUCAUUAUAAACGUAAUAAACUGGAUAAAUAUUAUAAAAAGUUAUUAAUAGCUUACUCAAGAAACCAAUUAGAACAAUAUAUGAUCGAUGAUCAUGAUUCAUCAAAACCAAUUUGGAUAAUAGAUAUCGACAAUAGUGAUGAAAGCGACGACAGUGAAGAUGAAACUAAUCUAGUAGAAAAUAUCAAUAAUCAAGAUUCAGACGAGAAGAUCGUUUCUAAUUCAGCACUAGCUGAUAAAAUACUUAAUGAAGAAAAAAUUUUAAUUCCAAAAUCGAAGUCAAAGCAGAAAAGAACCUAUCAACAAUAUGAUACGAAUGUUUCUAAUUCGAAUACCGAUAUCAGCGAUAAAGCAAGCAAGUCCAUAGAGGAUAGUAACACUAGCAACGAUGAUCAGUCGACAAAUAAUCGAGAAAACGAAGGUCAUCGAAAAGAAAAUGUAUCGAUCAAAUGGCUAAAUGAAAAUGAUGAAACAGGAUUACCUUACGAUAUUGAAAUUAAUUUUAUUGACAACUCUCAAGAUACUCAACGAAUUGAGGUUAAAACAACUUCAAAACAUAUUGAUAAUUAUCAGUUUUCAAUAUCAAUACAAGAAGUUCAAGCGAUGCUACGAUAUCCUAAUACUUACUACAUAUAUCGAGUCAAUUUGAAUAAUCGGUCGUUGACAAUUAUAGAUAAUAUAACACAGAAUUUAACCGACAAACGACAACUACAAUUACAAAUGAAUGUUUUAACAUUCGUUAAUUUAAAUGAAAAGUAG